GCAUCGGGGAGUUGCCUUUAGAAUUCGUGCAGGGGGGUUGGCAGCAGCUGGAGGAGUUUCUGCAUUUGUUGUUUGCUUCUAAACCCCUGAAGAGAAGAUGUCUCCUUGCUCGUGUAUGA